AACCUAUCCAGUCAUCGCAUACACAGCUAACAACCACGGCCUUUCUAGCUCGUUUGUCUCUCCAAAGAUUUCGUCUAAACUGGCGCAGAAAUGGGUACAGAAGACCCGGAACCCGAGCUGAAAUUUGAGGGAUUCCUCACCAAGCAAGCCAAAAUGAAACUGAAGGCACCAAAGAAGUACUGGUUUGUUCUGAAGAACAACACACUCAACUACUUCAAGACUUCUUCAGACUUAUCGGACGAAAAUCUCCAUGGCUCUGUGGAUUUUACCCAGGUUCAGUCAGUGAGGAAGCUGGCCAACCACGCUGACGGUCUGACGUUCCAGAUCACCUUAAAGGGAGGAAAGAUCCACACACUGAUUGGAGAGAGCUCAGACCAGGUGACAGACUGGGUGAAGAUGUUACACAAAGCCAUGCAGCUCAAACCUGGGCAUGCAAGGGCAUCCGUCACAUGGCAUGACCUACCCAACAUGACCCCCGAGCAGGUCCGCAAGUCUCUGUCCAUCGAGAGGUCCAGUUCCACUGACUCCACCUCCCCCCUCCCCUCUGUGUCAAGCAUGUCAUCCAGAGCGACUUCCCUGGCCAGUAACCUGAGCAUGGACAGCGAGGGCAGCAGCCUGUACAUGGAGGUCGGCGACCUCGCGGCGCGGGCCAGCGGGACCUCCCAGAUCUCCUCCACCAGCAGCAGCUCCAUGGAGAUGGAGGACGGCGUCUACGAAAAGAUCGGGGCUUCCAAGGACUCUGCCUCCUCCCUCUCCAGCCCCUCUCCAACCUCCUCAGCCUCUCCCCCGCCCCUCCCCUCCUGCCCCCCUCCCCUGUCACCAGCCAAGUCUGCACAAGGUACACCUCCAACCUCACCUGCACGGUUACAUACUUCCAAGAAAGCCCCUCCAGUCAAGCCAGCUAGACCACCACCUCCACCCCCAAGAGCUGCUGAGACAGCUCUGACAACAGAGGAUGCUGACACGUGCACAGAAAGCGCUGACACAUACAGCUCCAUAGACGAGGGAGGCCAGAACGGGGAAAAGACGACGGAAAAUGAAGAAGAAGAAUCCCCAGAUUAUGACGACAUCCCUGUCGAGGAAGACACCUACACAACCAUCUGCGAAAGCCAAGCCGAGGAAGAAUACGCAGAGGUGGGCUCUCCAGGGAAACAUACGGCUGUUGAACAAGAGGCGGACGAAGGAAUGGUGGACAAUAUCUAUUACGAGGGAGCGAGCAACGCCAAGGAAAAUGGCAUGGAGAAGGUCAUCGAUGACAUCUUCAACGGCAUCAGCUUCAACCGUGCUUCGGAACUGUACGCCGUCAACAGUGGGCAAUCCGAGGACGAAGCGAAAGACUUGUACGCUCGGGUGAACAAGCCGAGAAGAUCGUGGUCGAACGAUGUCAUUGCCCCUCCCCUUCCACACGCCUCCAUCGAAGGAAAAACGUUUGCGUUUGAUGAGAUUAGGGACAUGCUGGGUGACAUGUGGAUCGGAGAGGACACAAUCGAGGAUCUGACGCCCGAUUGGAUGGACGACGGGCCUUCUGCCAUGGACCAGCUCAAGCAGUUUGUGGAGAAUCUACCAGGCGAUCAACCAAAAGAGACUGUAGAGAAUGGUGACUGAGGCCAAAUUCUC